AUGUGUACAUGGAAUGGUAUGAAUACACUUGCAAUGGUCACAGUAUGGGCAGGGUUUAUACUAGGUGGCGUCAGUAUGGUCAUAUAUUACCGGUGUUAUCAUCCGAAUCAUUUGUAUCUAAAACAAUGUGGUAUGGUGUCUUCAGAAGAUAACACACAUGGAGCUAAUCAACCAAGAUUACUUUAUCCUGUGGACAUCAAUGUGAAAGUUGUAGAUGAAGUUCAGUUGCAGAAUGACGUAGCAUAUAAGGAAGCAGUCGGAAAACAAACAGAUACAAAUAUACACAAUGUGAUGAUGCCAAAAGGUGGAAGAGAUUACCAUGGUAACCAAAGUGAACUAACAUCCCUGCAAAGUUUUCAUCUUGGGUUGUCUGUUUUCACUGAUGACUUGGUAGAUCAUUUUGAUAAUGCUCAGCUAGCUUUAUUUGAUGAUUCAGUUGCUGUCAAAGAAUCUGUUUCUAACUUGCGAACAAGAUCUGUUACCAAUUCUCCUCUUUUACUCAAGGAUAGACUUGUAAGAAAGACCCGGUCUGUUGCCAACUCUCCUGUAUUGUACACUUGUAAAUCUGAUCAGAGCUAUGAUACUUCCUUAGAACCACUGCCUAACAUAUCUCUAGGGUCUCCACCUAAGAGUACAGAUGCAGAGGAAGUCAGAAAGAUUUAUGAUGCCAUACUUGGUGUAUGUAAGAGUAAACCAGUGUCAGCAAGGAAAUUAUUCCAAUCUGGAGAGAGCCUGGAUGGAAGCCAUACUUCAGUGUGUAAAAAGGGAUCCCCUGUACCAACAUACGACCACCUAGCACGACAAGAUAAACGUUAUUAUCAUUUAGACUAUACUGCAAAAUGGAAUAGUUAUAGGUCAGAUGAGUCAGCCAAUCAGAGUCAUUUUAAUCUCAGUAGUUUAAGUAAACCAGAUGUGUUACCAUCAACCAGUCAUCAUCAACCAUUAAAAAUGAAUCAAAUGCAGGAAGUCAAAGCAAGUCAAAAUACAACCAAUCAGAACCAUGCUGUUAAAUUACCCAUACAUCAGGAUAAAUCAGCCAAUCAGAAUCAGGUUAUUAAAGGGAGUCUGUAUAAACCAACCAAUCAAAAUCAGGUUGUCAAAGGGGUUCUGUAUAAACCAGCCAAUCAGAUUCACUUUGUGAAAGGUGUUCAGGAUAAACCAGAUUAUUAUACUCAGAAAACUAGAAUUUCAGAGAAACAAGCUGAUAAAAAGCAAAGAAGGAAUUAUUCUGAUAAGCAAACUUCAGUGGCA